AAAUCAAGCAUACCGGAAAUGAAAGCAGAAAACCACAACAUUCGUAAAAAUAUUACAAAAAAGAUUUUUGUUUGGUUCCAAUACUAAGUGCCUUACUAAAUGCUACUAAAUCCCUGAUGUCUGGCAAGCUGUGAUGGGGGGCAAGGCCAGUAGUUUGAUAUGGUGUGAAUACAACCCACCAACUUUCUCAACACAGAGCAAACCAUCAAACUAUCUGUAUUGCUACAAGCUACCUCCCCCUAGCUAUAAUUACAACUGGACUGAUCUACACUAUGCAGCAAGUCAUGGAAAUGUCCGAAGAAUUCAAGAAAUUAUUCACAAAUCUGGUACCCUUAACUUGAAUAAAAAAGAUUACUAUGGAAAGACACCUUUAUAUUGGGCUGCAUACAAAGGUCAUAAAGGUUGUGUAGAGGAAUUAUUAAAGUUUGGUGCCUCAGUUAACACAAAAUGUCGCCACGGUGGAUCUCCACUUCAUGCAGUAGUCAGUUUAUAUCCAGAAUGUGCCUUACUACUUAUUAAGCAUGGUGCAGAUGUCAAUUUAGCAGAUAACUGGGGUGUGACACCAAUGUACUUAGCUGCCACCAGUGGACAGAUUGAAGUGAUGAAAUAUCUGUUGGCCUCAGGUGCUUCACCGGAGGUCAGGAAUAAGAAAACUGGGGAGAUUCCAAGGCAGUUAAACAGUCAUAAAGAAUUUUGCAAUUAUUUGUCAAGCCUAUCCAAGAAUCCACUUUCUUUGCAACAGUUGUGUCGAGUAAAUAUAAGACAGAGAAUGAAAGAACACCCUAAUGUUAAAAUAAAAUAUCUUGCAGUCCCAAAGACAUUGAAAGACUAUUUGUCAUUGGCUGAGUAUGAAUCUCAGCCACAGAAACAAUCUAGUCCUUCAAGCUUUAAUGUGCUUUGUCAAUCUUAAUGUGAUAGCAUCAUGAUUUGAAUUAUAAGGUUAUAUUAUUCAAAUGUACAAUUUAUAUCAUGUAUUCAGAUUUAAGAAUUUAGUUUUAGUAAUCACUUUUAGUAGACAAAAUGACGGCUUCUGUUGAAAUUUAAUUCUGCCUUAAUUUUUUGGAUAACAAAUAAAAUUGUUAUUGCCAAUGUUAUAUGUACUGUAUUUUCUAAAAUUGUAUAUGUACUGAGUGAAAUGAUCAUAUUUGUCAAAUAUAAACAUGUAUGCCUUUACUCUUAUGUACAGAAGAUUAAGAUAGUACACUAUUCUGUCUGCUGCAAUACAAACAAUUUAUUUGACAGUCAUCUUUAUCUUGUCGAGUGAACCAGGGUAAUGGCUGGUGAUUUAGGAAAAUGUUUCUAUUUUCUCUAAGUUAUGUUACAUUACUUGCAUAUGGCUUGAUAUGAUUUGAUACAUGUGCGAAAGUAUAUAAGUAAUUAUUUGUUAAAAUCAAAAUUUAUGUAUUUUAUUAAUGUUUUUCAUGCAUGCAGGGUUCAUGCAUGUGAUAUCUUUUGUCAAUGUUGGUUAAUUUCAAGUCCAUCAUAAUAACUUUAGAUAUUUUGAUUGAUUUUAAGGAACAAUGUAACAUUAAAGGGGACCAAAUCAUUUCACUCCCGUCCUAAACUCCAGGGCUUUUUAGUUAAUAAUAGAAUUGCACACAAUGUACCAAUAUCAAUCUCCAUGUUUUUUGGAAGAAGUUAACUAAGGUUUAGUUCAUGAUUAUUUUUCUCCUUUAAAUGAAUUGCAUUGGAGGCACAUAUUUUAGACCCCAACCAUACAUUAUAUUAAAUUUUCACUUUAUUUACAAUUUUUAUUCAAUUUUCAGGAAAAUGCAACAACCCACAUUUUUUUUUUAUUUAAGUGCCUCCCAUCCCCUCACUUUUAUCAAUUUUGGAACAGCUGUUGUAUAUACAUUGUACUAGAAUAAAACAAAAUUACAUUUGCACACCACUUACUGUUAAUUUUAUAUGAAUUAUUAAUCUGAUCUCAAAGAAAAAUGAUCAGUUGAAAUUAAGCUAGCAAAUCAUCUAAGAAUCAAUGUUAUUAGUUUUGUUUUAUAAAGAUUCUGUAAAGAACAUUAUCAAUGUCAUUCAUAAAUCACAAAGUAUAACCAUGACAGUAAUACAUGUGCACUGAAUAAGCAACAGCAAAUAAUCUAAGCUAUUUAAAUCUUUUAUCAAAAAUUGAAAUCAAAGUUACUUAGAUAAAAUAGCUUGUGUACAUUAAAGCUAGACUAGAUUUACACAAGUUCCACUCUCACAAACUUUUAUACAUUAUCGAGCUUUAAACAAGUUAAUUAAGUUUAUAACAAGUUCAACAACUGAACUCUGACUUAUAAAACAAUAACAAUCCUAAAUACUUAAAAGAAGUGGUAAAAAUUGGCACAAAACUCAUGGUGCAGGCAGUGAUUUUUUGUACAACCGCAAAAAUGACUGUGACAUUUUAUAUUUUAAUAUUUUAUGAUGUAUUUAAAUGAGUAGUUAUUGUUGCAAACUCAAUUAGUAUUUGCAUUGAGAUAAUUUUUGGAAUAAAGGAAAGAGG